AUGAGAACAAGUUCGCGAGAUGGUAUAAGUACACCACACAGCAUAUACUUUGCCAAGCCAUCGCCAUUUGAAUCAAAAAAAAACUUUAUAAGGGCUCAAUAUAAACACCAAUUUCUAUUAGAAAGAGCUCAUAGCUCAUUUUUAGUGCAAAGAUAUAAAGAUGAGUUAGCAGACAGAUCAUUCAGAAGGUUUUAUAACAGUCCUUUUGCAAGUAAUCCUUUAGCUCAAUAUGAAAUAAAUGCGCACAAAAGAGAUAUGGAGAAAAAACUAAAAAUUAAAAAAAAGCCUAACUUCCCCCUCCUUUAACGAAAAUAAUUCCCAAUAUAAAAAUAAAAUAAUAAUUAUUAUAAUGAAAUUUCUCAUUAUAAUGAAAUUUCUCAUGAAGAGAAAAGUUGACCUGCAAAAUAUAGGUGAAAAGAAUUUCAAAUAUAUGCAUUAUAAACUUAUAUUUUAUAAAUUAAAUAUUUUUUACCAAAGUUUUGAGAUUUUAAAAUUUAUAUAUCAGAGUCAAUUAUUAAUUAUCGCGCUCUAGGCGCUUUAAUUUUUAACUUCUCAUUAUUAUUUUGGCUGCUUCACAUAUCUGGCUCUUCUUGUUCCCUUUCCUUUUCGUUUCUUCAUAUUUUCGAAUUAACCACCUUCUUUGAGCAAACAAAAAAUUUUUAGCUUGCUCAAGGGAGCAAGAUCCUCCAUGAUAAAGAUUAUUUUUUGAGAGCAAAAGUUAUGAGCAGAAUGAAAUCCAGACAAAGCGAAAGGAAUAUUAAAAGUGCUGAUAGAGCAUUUCGAAAAUCCAAAGAUAAAGCUGCGGAACUAAGCAUAGAUAGCUUUAAAGGACUGAAAGAUCAUAGCUUUAGAAGAAGCUGGGGAAAAUUAUUUGUAAUGGAUCCACAUUUGUUUAAGAGUGAAAGAGAAUAA